AUGUUUCAAACUCACCUUGAUACUCCUGAGAGUAGCUCCAGUAAAAAGCAAUUGAGAAGAAUGUGGAAAGUGACCUGGGCUUUAAAGAUUAAACACAAACUGAAGCAUUUCUUAUGGCGAGUCCUACACAAUGCCAUUCCUACAUCUCACAAUUUAUGGCUGAGGAAAUGUCAAUCUCAACAGUCCUGCAGAUUGUGUGGAGAAGAUUCUGAAUCUUUGGAGCAUAUUUUCUUUUCUUGUGAGCGGGCUUCUCUAGUCUGGAAAAUAGCGCCGGUUUCAUGGGAUUGUUGUAAUAUUGCUGAUGUUGGAUUCACAGGUUGGCGGAGCCGGAUUUGUGAAGCCUUUUUGCUUGGUCUUACAGAAGCAUUCGCCUAG